AACUGUUUAUUUCAGUUGAGAAGACAAGCAUGUCAAGCAGAUGAAGACAGAAGAACACAUAAGAGUAUAUUGGGAGACGGAAACAGAUUCUUUUUGAUUAUCCCCUACUGUUACUAGAGAGAAAAAUGUCUUCAGAUAACCAGCGGUCAGCAGAUGAGGACGAAGGCCUGUUAUCCCGACUGAUCAGGAAAUCUAGAGAUUCCCCCUUUGUCCCUGUAGGGAUAGCAGGCUUUAUGACUGUGGGGUCCUAUGGUCUUUACAAGUUAAAAUACAGAAGAGAUCAGAAAAUGUAUCAUCUUAUUCACAUGAGAGUUGCUGCCCAAGGAUUUGUUGUAAGAGCUGUGACUCUAGGUGUUCUCUAUUCUAUGUAUAAGGAUUAUAUUAGACCUCGAUCCUUCAAUGUGUCCAAAAAAUGA